UUAAAAAUGAGGCUACCAACAGGGAUUUUGUUGGAGCAGCGUGGACAUUUACCGUAUUCAAAGGGUAUUCAUUUGAAAACGGAUCAGUGUGCGCGAAAAUCGUUUUCAUCAACGAAAACAGAGAGAAAGAACAUGGAGCAGAGUGGACGUAGCCUAAAUUAGACGACAUAUAAUUGUAACGAAAAAUCCCCUGAGCAUUCGCUUCUUGCUGCGGAGGAGUAUCCGAGGUUGACGUAGAGGCGGAAGUCAUGUGAAUCCGUGUGAAUGUUACUACUGAGAAAUCGUUCGUUCCGUAAUUCGGAGAACAGACCGAGAUCACAACUCCAGUUAGAAGAUCAAAAUGGCCAAGAAAAGCAUUUGCAUUUAUAUAUUGGCUAUCACAAUUUAUGCAGCAGUGUUUGUGCAACGUUAUCAAUGUAUUAAUGGAGAUGGAAGCAAGAUUGUUGUUUCACGUAAUGGAAAAGACGAAGUGGCUUGCUGGAGCGGCAAUAUUUCAUGUCUAACUAUCGAGUUCGCAAUGAAAAAAGAAGACCUCAACAACACUAGGCUGGUGAUAGAAAAUGGCAGCCAUAACUUAUCGACAGUGAUAGAAAAGAGGUUCAUGCACAAUUUUUCUAUAGAGGGUGACCCUGUUUCUGUGGUCCGGUGCAAUUCUUCUCAGGCGGGAUUUUAUUUUGGUUUUAGCAGCAAGAUAAGCAUACAGUAUCUUACCAUAUCAAGCUGCGGUGCAGAGUUUCCUUCGACAAACAUGGACCUCCGUGGAAAGACACCAAAAUACUGGAACAUUUCAACGGCGUUAUUUGUUGAAGAGACAAAGGACUUCAGCAUGAUUGGGGUCAAAAUCGAUCGUUCACAUGGCUAUGGGUCUGCUUUUUAUGAUGUUGUCGGCAAUAUUACAAUGAGUUAUGUUACGUUUUCAAAUAACUCGCUCGUUAGCCAUCAUAAUGCAGGUUUUAGCUCUGGUGGCGGAGUAUAUAUUGAAUUCAAGCCAAAGUGUAACAAACCAGAAAGGAAGAAUUUCAUGAACUCAAAUGGAAGCUAUUUGUUUUUCAAAUGUAAAUUUAUGAAUAACACAGCUGAGCAUACAAAAAGUACAGUGUCGAUGUCUUCUUGUAAACAGUUUGUUUCUUUUGGUAGAGGUGGUGGCAUAUCUUUCUUCUCUCGAGGUAAUUCAAGAAACAACUCACUUACUGUAAUCGACAGCCAAUUCCACCAAAACAAAGCCCUUUUUGGGGGUGGCAUUUUUGCAGAACUUGAUGACACAACUGGGGGCAACAGAGUCAAUUUGAAACAUUCUCUGUUUGUUGGAAAUAUUGCUACACUAGCUGGUGGAGGGAUGAGAGUUGGUAUUAAUUCAGCCUGGUCUAAUGGAGGUACAACUGUCCAGCUGGCUGAUACACACUUCCAGAACAAUUAUGCUUUGGUUGGUGGUGGUUUUUCUGAAUAUCGCACUGAAGGGGCUGGUAAAAGAAAAGAAAAAAUUGAUUUUCAAAACUGUUCAUUUGUGUCUAAUAAAGCAGAUAAAGCUGGAGCUAUAAUGUUAGUCUUGUGUCAAUUAAGCAUGCAAAAUUGCACCAUAUCACACCAGACACAAAAUUCCAACAUUGGCCAAGAUAGAGGUGAAGCUGCCUUGUACAGUUAUUCCAGUACUGUCAUAUUUAUAGGUCCAAAUAGCUUUGAAGGAAAUGAAUUCACAGCUAUAAUGUUUGAAUCAAGUUAUGCUGUGAAUAAAGGAGAGCUUUUGUUCCAAAACAAUACUGGGCAAGAGGGUGGUGCUGUUGCAUUUUUUGGUGAUUCAGUUUUGCGCAUGAAUCCAAAUUCUAGUAUGAGGUUUGAAAACAAUACUGCAACAAAAAGAGGAGGUGCAAUUUAUGUAGAAAUGCCAGUUUCUUCAGAAGUUCCAAUGAAUUCAACAGAAUUGAAAACCCACAGCUGUUUCAUUUUCUUUGGUACGGAUAAUUACGACAUUUUUGACCCUGACAAUUCUAACACAUCAACUUCCUUUGUUGGUAAUGUCGCCCCAGCUGCAUCAGGAGAUAAUGUUUAUGCUGAUACAUUGGCCAUGUGCAGACGGAAUGAUGAGCUACCAUAUAAUAACAGUGCUUUAAAAUGGAAGGUUUUUCAUUAUAUUGAUGGAAAAUACAAAGAUGGAAGGACUACAGUUGUAACUAGCCCUAUAAAGAUAGCCAAUAUAAAUCAUGAAGAAUGGAACGCAUACCCAGGACUGACCUUUAAACCAAAUGUUGUUCUUGAAGAUGAGAAUUACAACAGUAUUUAUGGUAACAUUAGGGUAACUGUUCGUCCUGAAAUACCUGGCUCUGUUAAAAUUGAUGGCCAAAGAAUGUUUUUAGCACGAAACACUAUAGACGGAAUCAAAUUUACUGGAAGUCCUUCACAAAAAUAUUCAGUUCUGAUCGAAACUACAAUUGGGCGGUCUGUGUCAAGAACAAUACAUGGCUUGAAACUGAAAAGCUGUCCACUUGGAUAUUACUUUCAUAAAGAUAGCCAAGUGUGCCAGUGCAUCUCUCAGAAAUUUGAUAUGAAACUUGGUGUAACCAAAUGCGACUCAAGUGCAGAUGUAUAUAUUCUUAAAGGGAGAUGGGGAGACCCGCUCAAAUCAAAGGAGUGUAAAGACACUGAUUUUGCAUCUCACAUAUGCCCAGACAAUUACUGUGACAUUUCAAAAGAGAAAGGAAAUGUCAUUGAUAAAAAGUUUGACAAAAGAAAUCAAUGUACCAAAGGUCGCAAUAACAGCUCUCCAUUAUGUGCAGACUGCAAAAAAGGCUACAGUGUUGUUUUUGGAGCAGAAAUCUGUAAACCAUGCCCUGAUGAUUAUGGUCUUUUCUGGCUUCUCCUCGUUUUUUUGGUCAUAACAGUUGCAAUGAUAAUUAUCAUUGUACUCAAUGUUGACACAUAUGCCACAUCUCUCAAUGCUUUCUUAUACUCAUAUCAGAUCCUUCCCUUAUGUCUUCAUGGCAAUACAAAUCUUGACAUUUUCAUCAAAAUGAUUAUUGGAUUUUCCACUCUAUCAGGCUCUGGUGGUUUCGGUGAGGGAGUUUGCCUUUGGAAUUCAAUGAAUGAUCUAGAAAAAACUUUUCUAAACUACAUCAUUCCCUCAUACAUGCUCUUAUUCACUUUCAUAAUGAUAAGGCUAUCAUACAGGUUUGGAAAUGAAUGCUUUCUAAACAGAGGAACUGUUUUCAAAUCAUUUGUUUUCAUAAGUGUUAUAGCAUACUCUGACUUUACUCGCAUAACUCUUGAUCUCCUUCACCCUGUAAAAAUACGAGGUCAAUGGGUUGUCUACAGAGCAGCAUCAACUCCUUUCUUCAGUGGAGAGCACAUUCCAUUUGCAAUAAUUGCACUUGUUGUUGCUGUCUUUAUUGUUAUUUUGUUUCCUUUUUUGAUCAUGUUCUCCUUUGCUCUGGUCAGAUUGCCUCGUUUUGUCAGAUUUAUUGGCAUCAUUGAUACAUUCAAUGAACCAUACCAUCAACUGCUAUUUUGUGAUUUCUUUCCUGUUUUUUACUUUUUUAAUAGAUUAGUCUUGCUGAUUAUUUACAUUUAUGUUCCAUCAGGAGCGCUUCAAGACACAAUAUUUGCAAUACUCUGUGUUGUUGUAUUGCUUGUGUUUGUUUACUUUAAGCCAUAUCGCAACCAAGGCAUGAAUCUCUAUGACUCUUUGCUGCUGGCAAACAUUGCUAUAAUUGCCAUCAUCAAUCUUGGCUUGAAUGGAGUGUACACUGAGCGCUUGGCCUUGCAGAACACUGCAUAUGCCUUGGCAUAUUUUCCCCUGCUUUGUGCUCUGGUAAAACUAGCAAUCUGGAGUCAUAAAAAAUAUAAAGACACAAGAAAGAGGAAACAGGAUGAUCGUAGGAGAGGUUUCCAACAUGCUCCAUUUCGUGUUCAGGAGGAUGAGGGAAUUGAAGAUGGAGAUGAGCUAAUAAGGAGCUAAAUAGCUGAAAAACAAAGAAUGCUAUAUAGAUGACUUCUUGAUGAAUUUCAUCCAUAUAAAUGCAGUGUUUUCAAAUUUGACAACACACACUGCUUCAAUGUUUUCCUUGGAUUUCAUGAUCACCACUUCCAAGACUUCAAAUUUUUCAACUUUUUUUUAAUCUAAUUUUUAAUUUUGCAAUAACUGUCGCUUUUUUAUCUUUUUCAAUUUAAAUAGUUUUGAAACCUGUGAUUGAGUUUUAUUAAAUCAUAUGUAUAAUUCAAACACAGCACAGUUGGAUCUAGUCAGUAUCGAUGUGAAUAAGCAGCUGUUAAGAUUGUGUGGAAUUUUGUUGAGUAUUUAGAUGUUGUAUCAUCGUGUUUAAUGUAUCAAUCAGUUUUUAUGUAUGGUUGUGAAAUCAUGCUUCAAUGCUUUUGCUAUUAAGCUUAAGAUAACA